AUGCAACAACCGAGGCAAGUCAUCCACGGUCAAGGGACAUCGCUCCACCGCGACAUGCUGUGGGAUAGCGAUCAGAUAUCCUGGAUCUACACCACAGCAGCGGCUGGAUUCUCGUCAGUGCUUCUAGCGGGCUACCUAAUCUCUCCGUCAACAUAUGCAUCUAUUAGCCACGUUGGCGCUGUUAGCACGGGAAAAGUUGAGACAUCCGUCAUGAUGGCCGUGCACUAUGUUCCCCUCAUCGUGGUGGCAUCUGUUUUCUGCUUUAUCGCUUCAGCCGGCCUCGGGUGGCUGUGGUGGAAGUGCCAGCACAAUUACUACUGGGUCAAACGUAACACUGUUGUACCUACACUCACCAAUUCUGCCAUGGGACUGAUGUCGACCAUCAUCAACAUAUACACGGCGAGGCACGGCCAGUGGUCAAUUACUGCCAUCAUUUCCGGUUGCGUCAUUGGUGCCUGGCUCACGCUUUCGAUUGUCGUGUUCAUCAUAUACGACAUCAUCUUGAUCCCUCGAAUUGAGAAAAAAGAUGUAGAAUGGGGGAGAAGAAUUAAUGCCUCUUCUUCUGCAACCCACUACGGUAUUGCCCUGAUUAGGUCAGCGAGAAGAAAAUAA